CUGAACACCAUGGCUGCGGAGGGGCCCUGUGCCCCGGGUGCCGUCAUCCCCCUGCCAGCCCCUGCCGAGAGCAGCUGCUCGGACGAGUUUGCCCUCGACUGCACCUUCGCUGCCUGCGACCCAGAGCGCACAGGCACGGUGCAGCCGCAGCGAGUGGUCGAGUAUGUGGCAGCGAUGACGGGUCACAGUGGGCACGACAGGCGACUGCAGGCACUGCAGCAGGCACUGGACUCUGCAGCCACAGGCACUGCGCUGGACUGGACCCAAUUCUGCGCCGCCAUGCGCAGCUGGAUUGCAGCAUGCCGGCAGGACAGGGCUGAGGAACAGGAUGUGGCGACUGGUGACACUGGAUCRGCGCCAGUGGAAGACAACGGACAGGCAGCCCAAGCGGCCACACAGCUCCAAGGUGACAACAUGGACGUCACCACCCCCAGUGCCGAGACUGCAGAGCUGCGGAGCCGUGCCCGGCAGCUGGCRGCCCAGAAUACCAAACUGCAGCGGGAUGCCGAGCUGGCCGAAGAGCUCAAUGCCCACCUGGCCGAGGAGACUGCGCAGCUCCAGGCGCAGCUGCGAAGCAGCAGCCGGCAGGCAUUGGAGCAGGCCAGGGUGGCUGCCGAGGAGCUGGAGGAUGUGAAGGCUGUGGUGAAGCGUCUGGAGGAGGAGAACACUGAGCUCCGGCGGCAGGCACGGCACACGGAGAAGGAGCAGCGCARCCUAUGUUCACGGGCCGAGGGUCUACAGGAGGAGAACCAGCGACUCCUUGCCGAGGGCCAGGGACUGCGGGAGCAGAUCCAGGCACAGGCAGCCCGGAUGGCCAGUCUGGAGGCCCAGCUCUGCCGUGGCACUGCCCUGCUCUCUGCCCGGGAUGCAGCCCUUGCCCAGGCAGGGCAGCGGGCACAGGAGCUGACAGCAGCACUGGAGGAGUAUGAGCGGGUGGUGCAGGAAUUGCGGCUGGAGACRACACGUCUGAGGCAGCAGCUGGGCCGGAUGCGGGACGCCUGGGCCAUGUACAGGGGGGACACGUGUGUGGGGACAUCAUCGGGAUACUCCGGAGUCCUCACCUUGCCACCCUCACCCUCUCCCUCCCACAGGCGCCCAUGGUGCCCACGCGGCCAACCGGACAUCCAGGCCACAGCGGCRGUGAGUCAGGGGACAGGGGACACGGAGGAGGAGGAGGAGGACAUAGGGACAGCGGUGUCCGGAGGCGGAGGCCCAGCGGGGAGCAGUGAGGAGAUGCCGAAGGAGGUGGCCGAUGCAGUGGCUCCACAGGCACCGUUGUCACCGUGGGCACCAUUGCCACCCUGGGCUCUGGCACUACUGGCACUGCUGGCCCUGCUCUACCUCCUGCCCCGCCAGUGGCCCCAGCCCCAGCUGCGCUACCGGAGCCCCCCACCCCUGUGAGCCCCCACAGUAAAGACCAGUUGGGCACUGCUGCGUCCACCCCAGUCUGUACCUGUUUCCCCAAA